AGGCGGCGGAGCGCCGAGUCGCUCGAUGAGCGGGGGCGCUGCAGCAGCAUCGCGGAGCGGUGCCGUGUCUGCGCCCUCCGUUUUCCCCCUCCCGGCCUCCUUCCUCUGCUUCCCGCUCCCUCCCCCGCCCGCCCAGCGCAGCCAGCGGGGACUGCCGCCGGGAGCUCCUUCCGAGCCGCAGGUGGUGAAUACUUAUUCUGUUGAAAAAUAGAAGAGUAUUUGUGUGCGGAAAGUAUGCCUCCCAAGUUCAAGCGCCACCUAAAUGAUGAUGAUGUCACUGGGUCUGUGAAAAGUGAGAGGAGAAAUCUUUUGGAAGAUGAUUCAGAUGAAGAGGAAGACUUUUUUCUACGAGGACCAUCUGGACCAAGAUUUGGACCUAGAAAUGAUAAAAUUAAGCAUGUUCAGAAUCAGGUGGAUGAAGUUAUUGAUGUAAUGCAAGAGAAUAUUACAAAGGUAAUUGAAAGAGGAGAGAGACUGGAUGAACUACAGGACAAAUCAGAAAGCUUAUCGGAUAAUGCAACUGCCUUCAGCAACAGAUCCAAGCAGCUUCGAAGGCAAAUGUGGUGGCGUGGAUGCAAAAUAAAAGCCAUUAUGGCUUUGGCAGCAGCUAUCCUUUUGCUAAUGAUUAUCACUCAGAUCAUCCUGCACUUGAAAAAAUGAAGUUUUACCACCAUCAAAACUAUCAUUAUUUAACAACAGUGAAGAUCAACAGAAAAAUUCAAGUAGCUUUGCUAAUGUUAGUUGAUGCCCAGUGAAGUCAGGUCACCUCUUCCAUGCCUGAAGCGUGCCCCUGUGGUUUGUCCGUAGCCGAAGCCUCUUCCCUUGCAGCAGUUCCAUCACAGCCCAGUGGUGCCUGUGCUCUUUUGAUUCUUUUGUCCUAACGAAACUCACUGGAAAUUGUCCCAAAAUUUUAUAAACUGGGAAAUUUAUAGAUUAAAGAAAGGUCCAGCAUUGGUGAUGGAGCAUUGCUUAAAAUGGAGAAGAAUCACACACAGCAGGCGCAGAGUGCCUGAGACAGUGCUGUAGACUGUCACUGUAGCUCGUUCCUGGGUUCUGCAUUAGAAAGGAAUGUUUGAGAGCAGAAAUCGACACCUUUCUUUUGUGUAUAGCAUGUGGGUACCCUGUAAAUGCAUACACACACAGAGCGUGAGGAUCAGACAAGUGAAAAGAACUUGACGUCCCUCCUUGCCGCUUACACCUGUUAUGUGUCCUGUCAGCACCGUAGCCCAAAUAGACUUAUCUUGUAUAUACUUUAUGGUUAGAAAAUAUGCAAGAUGUUUUUUCAGUGUUGAAAACAAAUGUCAUUAGAUGUUCUUAGUUGUAUUGAGUCAGUGUUUCUAAGUUAGAGACUGUAGUAUUAAUCAGAUUUUGUGUUUUCACAUAGGAAUGUUACUGGAAUCAGUUUUACUUUUCUGAGAGUGGUAGUAAGAACUUGAGUCAAUAAACACAUUUUUUUGGGAGAAGGCAGUUGCCAAAACUGUAAAGACAGCUCAGAAGGAGCAGAAAGGGGCCAUCUUAGUCCGUACAAAUGCCACCCGUUACCCUCCCUUAAACUGACAGAGCCUAAGCCUAUUUUGUGUGUGUGUGUGUGUGAGUAUGUGUGUGUGUGUGUAUGUGAGUAUGUGUGUCUUUUUUUUGGGGGGGGGGUGUUUUGUUCCGUUUUGAGACAGGGUCUCACUGUGUAACCCCAGCCUGGCCUGAAACUCAGCCACUGGCCUCUGCUUCCCGAGUGCAGGGAUUAAAGGUAUGUGCCACCACACCCUGCAGCCUUUUUCUUUUUGAUCAAAGAAAAAAUUGCUGGGCGCAAGUGAUCAUUCCAAUUUAGCCUCUGAAGUAGACUGCACGUGGGCACUACCAUGUGCAGAUGGGCCUUCUUUUGAAGUCUGAUGUUAGUCUUACUUGGAUAUUUAUUUUAAUAUGUCAAGUAGAAUAAGAGGUGGGAACAUAACUUUUAUUCUGGCUCUUGUUUUAUUUUACAAAGCUACUUAGAACAAGUGAGUAGGGACAGGGAGAAAAAUGUUUCUAAUCCAGUUGGGCUAAGUGUAAGCUUAAGCUUCUAAAGCAAGGACCACACCCUGUUAUGACUCUCAGCACUGCAGCACCCACCACUGGGCUACCGGCCCCUGACGGCAGCCAGACGAAGGUGUGUCACAGUGCUCCAAAGUCACACCAUGCCGGCGGCCUGUGACUGAGGGCUGGUUUCCAGUGUGCACUGAAUGAUUGAUCUAGGGGAACCAACAGAUAAAAGUGUUCCUAUUAUAAUUGAGUACAGAAAAUUGUGGUUUUACAGUGUUGCAUUCCAUUCUUUUCGCUUGAAAAGAGAUUAUGAAAUAAAAAUCACAUUUUGAAGCUGUAAAUUGCAAAUGUCUAAGGAUUUAGUAAAAUGUUAGAGAUCAAUCUAUAAGAAAAUUCAAGCAUUGUUUUUAUGUCUUAGGUGUCGUUAUUUUAUUGUCAUUAUUUUACAUCCCAUCAUCCCUAAUUUAGCCAUUUCGGCAAGUGCCUUUGACACUUAAGAGGUAUUAUUGGAAAUGAGCAAAUGUAGAUUCCAUGCCCCUUUCCCUGCUUCUCAGUUCCUCACGAAUUUAUGUUUUACAGUGCUCCAAAGCUCAGUCCUUUGUGUUUAUAUGGGAUUGUAUUGUAGCUUCUCCAUAGUAAAACAGCAAAAUAAACCAUUUUGCAGAAAAUGAAAAGUAA